AUGGCUAUAGAUAACAUCAGCGCGUCGAAAUACAGUCAGAUCCAGGCGCUUACGGAAACAGCGGAGUCGGCGUCGGACCGAGUUCGCGGAGCUCGACGAAGGAGAAUGGUCACUCGAGUUCAGGACGACUCGUCUUCACCGGCCGACGAUGGAUCCAAUGGAUCAAUUUUCUCUGGUGGAACCGGAGAAUCCACCAAUUCUGGUGGUAAUGGAUUAACAGGACUGUUUGAAAGCCCGUCAGCGGUUCAUAAACUGACACUUCAAGAUACAGCUGGAACGGCCGUCUAUGCCAUUGAACUGGACCGAAUCGACACCAAAUCCAUCACCGCCAUCAGCCCCCUUGGAGCCAAACUGCUCCUCCUGGGAUCUAUCGAAACAGUCCGGAACGUGCUCAUGCUUAAGAAAUCCAACGUCCAAGUCCUCGGCGGAACAAUCCCCGGAGCAAACUCCACACCUCCCCUGGCCAAACUCCAGGCUUCACUGCCGUCCUGA